GUGUUGUGCGAGUUUCUUUGAUGAGCUCUGCAGAGUGAAAAUGCAAAGGACUUGACUUCUGUAAAGUUAUAAUUCACCGGCAUUGGUAUAAUCGAAGUUAAUAUCUUAUGCAUGGCAAAGCUUAAGAACCUUAUUCGGUCAUUCAAAUUAAGACUCGUUUUAGCUGGCUACAUAUCGUUCCUAGCUAGCUAGCUUUCUCCACAACAAGGAGGCGGGCGGAAGUAGCUAAUGCAUGGUAGCUAGCUAGUAAGCCUCAGUUCCGUUUUUAGUUUAGUGGACGUUGGUUAACCUAUAUUGUGAGUGAGUGACAAUAAGAGCUAGCCGACUUUCGCCGUUUCAAGCAAGCCAUGGCUGAAUCCCAGAAAGCGGACCAUUCAGAGCAUAAAGGUGAGCCAGACAAAGAGACAGAGCAGCCAUCUCAGGCUGGAGCAUCAAUGGAUUCAGUGGACUCUGGAGCCUCACACAGCAAUACAGUCUCGGCAGAUGGAAACAAUGGGGAUGAUGCUACCAAUGCAGUCAGUGCAUGUUCCUCCUCAAUUAUAGAUGGGGCAGGGGAUGCUGGUAAUUCAGGACCUGUGAGGGAAACCGAUGCAGAGGAUUCACAGAUGGUGGAAGAAACUGUAAAAACAGAUGCCUUGCUGACUGUAGUAGAAAUGGACAGUAAAGAGGAUUCACAGACGGAAAGAAAAACAGCCAGUGUGGAUGUUCCACAGACGGAAAGAGAAACAGCCAGUGUGGAUGUUCCACAGAUGGAAAGAGAAACAGCCAGUGUGGAUGUUCCACAGACGGAAAGAGAAACAGCCAGUGCGGAUGUUCCGCAGACGGAAAGAGAAACAGCCAGUGCGGAUGUUCCGCAGACGGAAAGAGAAACAGCCAGUGCGGAUGUUCCGCAGACGGAAAGAGAAACAGCCAGUGCGGAUGUUCCGCAGACGGAAAGAGAAACAGCCAGUGCGGAUGUUUCGCAGACGGAAAGAGAAACAGCCAGUGCGGAUGUUUCGCAGACGGAAAGAGAAACAGCCAGUAGUGCGGAUGUUUCGCAGACGGAAAGAGAAACAGCCAGUAGUGCGGAUGUUUCGCAGACGGAAAGAGAAACAGCCAGUAGUGCGGAUGUUUCGCAGACGGAAAGAGAAACAGCCAGUGCGGCUGUUUCGCAGACGGAAAGAGAAACAGCCAGUGCGGAUGUUUCGCAGACGGAAAGAGAAACAGCCAGUGCGGAUGUUUCGCAGACGGAAAGAGAAACAGCCAGUGCGGAUGUUUCGCAGACGGAAAGAGAAACAGCCAGUGCGGAUGUUUCGCAGGCGGAAAGAGAAACAGCCAGUGCGGAUGUUUCGCAGGCGGAAAGAGAAACAGCCAGUGCGGAUGUUUCGCAGGCGGAAAGAGAAACAGCCAUUGCGGAUGUUUCGCAGACGGAAAGAGAAACAGCCAGUAGUGCGGAUGUUUCGCAGACGGAAAGAGAAACAGCCAGUAGUGCGGAUGUUUCGCAGACGGAAAGAGAAACAACCCGUGCGGGUGUUUCGCAGACGGAAAGAGAAACAACCCGUGCGGGUGUUUCGCAGACGGAAAGAGAAACAGCCAGUGCGGGUGUUUCGCAGACGGAAAGAGAAACAACCCGUGCGGGUGUUUCGCAGACGGAAAGAGAAACAACCCGUGCGGAUGCCUUGCAGACGGAAAGAGAAACAACCCGUGCGGAUGCCCCACAGACGGAAACAGCCCGUGCGGAUGCCCCACAGACGGAAACAGCCCGUGCGGAUGCCCCACAGACGGACACAGCCCGUGCGGAUGCCCCACAGACGGACACAGCCCGUGCGGAUGCCCCACAGACGGACACAGCCCGUGCGGAUGCCCCACAGACGGACACAGCCCGUGCGGAUGCCCCACAGACGGACACAGCCCGUGCGGAUGCCCCACAGACGGACACAGCCCGUGCGGAUGCCCCACAGACGGACACAGCCCGUGCGGAUGCCUCACAGACAGUCAGAGAAAAAGUUGGUACAGAUGCACCCCAGACUGUGGAAGAAAUUGGCAAUAGAAAUGGUUCACAGACUAAUGGAGAAACAGACAUACCCCUGGACAUGGGAGUAGUGGAUGCUGACGAUGAGAUGGAGGUCAAUGCUAUCAAAGUGGAGGAUGACCAGAUGCAGGAGGAAGACAACUUGGAGGGGAUGCCUGUGAUAACGGCUGUGGAAGAGGGAGGCAACAUGGAUGCUUUUAGCAGCAACUCCCUGGAUCAUGGGGAUGAGGUGGAGAAGAUGGACACGGGGAAGGACUCACUGACAGAGAAUGAGGUAGAGGAGCCCAGCAAGACCGGGCAAGUGGAGAAGACUGAUUCCAUGCCUUCUAUCAUGGAUACAGGAGACACAGAGCAACCUGCUGAGGAGACCAGCUUUGAGAAGGCUAGCGGCUCGUCUCUGCCUAUGGAGGAGGACCAAUCUGAAGAUGUCAAACCGUUUCACCCCAGGCCCACCUCCUCUAGCGAAGCUAUUCACCCACAGAACAGUGAAGGCACUGACAAUCCUGCAGGGCUGGAGAAUGGAGUGGCAGGACAGCCAGUCAAAGUUGUGGGUUCUGCCCAGUCGGCAGCUGAGCCAGUGUCCACCGGCGCUGACACCAUCUCCAUGGUCAAGGUGAAGGAUGAGCCCGUAGACGAGGAGUAUGAUCAGGCCCUGGCUCCAGCGGUCCUCUCAGAGGGCGUCAAGGAUGAACCAGAGGCAGCAGAGGAGUUGAAAAUCAGUAAUGUCUUCUCUGUGGGCGGCUGCCCUACUACGAACGCCACAUCCACGCCAGUGGCCGCCCUGCCCAAGACUGUAAUGCCUGCCCCAGCCUCCUCCUCCAUCCCUCCGCUGAUCCCCAUGGCUAUGCGGGUGGCCUGCUCGGCCUGUAAGAAGGUGCUGCUGAAAGGCCAGACGGCCUACCAGAGGAAGGGCUCCUCGGACCUCUUCUGCUCCACGUCCUGCCUCACCUCCUACAGCCCUCCGCCCGUCGUCAAGAUGACUGCCCCUGGCCCAGCCAAGAAACCCUGCCACUACUGCCUCAAGGAGAUUGCUAACCCCAAGGACGUGAUCACAGCUCCUGUGGACACCAUGGGCACGGUGAAGGACUUCUGUAGCCAGACCUGCCUCUCCUCCUUCAACUUCAAGAGGAACUCUGCCGUCUCCACCCUCUCCUCCUCCCUGUCCACCAUGACAGGGGCCGUCAAGUGCAGCAUGUGCAAGAAGGCCUGCGUUAGUAAACACGAGGUGAUCUUCCAGGGCAGCAUGCACAAGCUGUGCAGCGAGGUGUGCUUUACGCGCUUCCGCUCCACCAACAAGCUGUCCAUGAACAGCUGCCAGAGCUGCAACAACUACUGCUACGGCAAGGUCACCGUGCUGGUCGUGCAGGGGGUCAAUAAGACCUUCUGCAGCGUCGGCUGUGUCACCACCUUCAAACAGAAAGCUAAGAAGCCUGUGGCAUGUACUAUGUGCCGCAACUUCCGCUCACCGGUGGAGAUGGUCGACAGCGCCGACUCUGACGGCAAGCUGGAGAUGUUCUGCUCUACUGGCUGUGUUACAGCCCACAAAGUACAGACCGUCAGCUCCUCGGGUGCUCGGGUGGAGUGCAACACCUGUGGUCAAAAGACGGUGCCCUCCUUCCACCUGGCCAUGUCGGACGGCUCCAUCCGGAACUUCUGCACCAUGAACUGUGUCGUCACCUUUCAGGAUCAGUUCAAUAAGAGCAACACCCAGAGCCAGAUUAAUGUGGCCCCCAGCACAGGGUCCACAGCUCCGCCCGCGGCCCAGACCAGGGACAAGGUAUCCCAAGGGACCAGACUGCCCUGCUUCCAGUGCCACCGCCUCUUCUCCUCCAAGCCCGAGAUCAUUCAGUUCAAGGAUAAGAUGGUAUUCCUCUGUUCGGUAAAUUGCUCUGAGGAGUACAGGAAGAUCAACUACGAGAUGGCACGCUGCGAGUACUGCAAGAUUGAGAAGCCAGCCAAGGAGGUCAAGAGAAUCAAUAAGAGGGACUACACCUUCUGCAGCGAAGGCUGUAAGCUGCUCUACAAGCACGACCUGACCAAGCGCUGGGGGAAACACUGCAGAACCUGUGCCUAUUGCGCCUCCACUGCGCAGAAGGCCGUCACAGGCCAGUACGGAGGCAAGAUGGAGGAGUUCUGCUCGGACGAGUGCAAGUCCCACUACACCCUGCUCUUCUGCCAGGUGGCUAAGUGUGACGCGUGCGAGCGCCAGGGGAAGCUGAUUGAGACCCUGCCGAUGCUGGGUGAGGUGAAGCACUUCUGCAACCUCCAGUGUCUGCUCCAGUUCUGCAGCCUGCAGACCCAGAACCAGGGCAAACCCCAGGGCCAAAAGGUGGCCAUCGCAAUCGCUCCAUCCCCGUCCAAUACUACCACUGCUACGAGUGUGUCUGAUCCGGUCAUCGCCAACGUAAUCUCACUAGCCAGCUCCCCCACUGGCCAGCCCAACUACGCCAACACUUCCCUGCAAGGGACUGUUCCCAGCAGACAUGUGAAGUAUGUUGGAAAUGCCAGCACCCAGACACAGGCCCCCCGUGCACCUCCACCCAGGGCUCAGAAGAACAAGGCCCUGCUCUGCAAACCCAUGGUCCAGAACAAGGGCAUCAUGUGUAAACCCAACUUCACUACCACAGGGUGCCAGACAGAUGAUGAUUUCCCCAAGGUGAUCAUAGUGCCUGUCCCAGUACCAGUGUAUGUCCCAGUCCCCAUGAACCUGUACACCCAGUACACCCCCCAGCCUGUUGGACUUCCCAUACCGCUGCCCGUGCCCAUGUUCCUGCCGGUGACCCUGGAUAACGCCGAGCGCAUUGUGGAGACUAUCCAGGACAUCAAGGAAAAGAUCCCCUCUGACCCAUUCGAGGCCGACCUCAUCCUCAUGGCCGAGAUGGUGGCCGAUGAGGGGAGGGAAAAGUCCCCUGAGCGACCCCCUGAAAGGCCUCCAGCCCCAGUAGUACAAGACGACCAGGGCAGCACCUACAGUGGAGACCUGGACACAGACGAACUGAGCAACUUCCUCACCACUUGGGAUGACGAGCCACCCCCCACCCCUGGCGUCUCAUCGCGCCACAGUCGAACCUACGCCCACGAGACGCUCCGACCCAUCGUGGACAUCAAUGUCCCCGCCACCCCCCCACCCCCCAUCAUGGACAUAGAGGCUGACUUCCCAGUCCAAACCCUGGAGCUGAUGGCCCAUUGGAGGGAUCAGGAGAGGGAUAGAAGUCCCAGUCCACCUCCUUCUCCUCCACGACGAAGAGCCAGAAGGAAAGCUCGGGAUGGCUUGCCACAGAAGAAAAAGAAGCGUAAGUCGAGAGCAGCAGAGACUGCGCCAGUGGUGCCUUCGCUGGGUGCGGCCAAGAGUGACGUGGUGCCCGGCGAGCCCCCCAAACUGCAGCACAUGUAUGGGGUGGACGCCUGGAAGAGAUGGGUCCAGUGGAGCAAGACCCAGCCUGACCUGGAGAAGCCUCGAUUUGGCUCGCGGCCAAUGGAGAUAAAGGAGGAUGUUUUAAAGUGCACAACAGCAGAGCUGGGCUACGGUCUCUGUCGGUUUAUUUGUGAAGUUAAACGACCCAACGGCGAGUCCUACAGCCAGGACAGUCUUUUCUAUCUCUGCCUCGGCAUCCAGCAGUACUUAUUUCAGAAUGGGCGCAUGGAGAACAUAUUCACUGAUCUCUUCUAUGGCAAGUUCACCCUGGAGAUCACCAAGCUGCUGAAAGACUUCAAACCUACCAUAACCGCCAGUGGCUACCUGCACUCGCGGGUGGAGGAGGAGUACUUGUGGGACUGUAAACAGCUGGGGGCCUACUCUCCCAUCGUGCUGCUCAACACGCUGCUCUUCUUCUGCACCAAGUUCUUCCAGUUCAAGACGGUGGCUCAGCACCGCCAGCUCUCCUUCGCGCACGUCAUGCGCUGCACUAAGUCCAUCCAUGACAACACCAAGUCCAACUUCCUGCGCUUCUACCCGCCCAUCCCGAAGAAGGACCUCGCAACUGAGACAGCAGCCGAUGCAGACGGUGUGGCAGCGAAGAGGAAGAGGGAGGACGAGGAGAAAGAGGAGGUGCUGGAGAUGAUGGAGAACAGUGAGAAUCCCCUCCGCUGUCCUGUCCGAUUGUACGAGUUCUACCUCUCCAAGUGCUCGGACUCAGUGAAACAGCGCACCAAUGUGUUCUUCCUGCUCCCGGAGCGCUCGUGCGUCCCCAACAGCCCCAUGUGGUUCUCCUCCCAGGGCCUGGACGACCACACCUUGGACACCAUGCUGACACGCAUCCUCACCGUCAGGGAGAUCCAUCUGGGAGACCCCCAAAGAAACGAGCCCCAAUCCAAGGACCCUGAGUGGACCCCUGACCAAGACAGUGACGAGACUGAUUGACUAUGAGGAGUGGUGCCCACACACACAUACACAGUUAGAAGCUCUUUUUUGCAUACAUACACACACACACACACACACACACACACAUAUAAACUACGGGUUUAUCCGUAAGGACUCCAGCCAUGUGUGAAGAGUAGUGUGUUCGCACACCUAUAGACUGAGAAUCUGUCGUGUACACAAAAUGUGUGUAAACGCAAUUAUGAACUGACGCUCAACCACACAACUGGGACUGAAGAGACACUGUUCAUGCUGUCUGGUCUUUCAAAAUCAAGUGGAGGAAACAGUAGAAGGAAUCACUUUAAGAAGAAUCACAUUACUGCAUUUGUGAGUGUGGUUGUGGUCAAUACCAUUUAAAUUCCAGUCAAUUAAGAAAGUGAACCAAACUCCCAUUAAAAAUUUUACCAAUUGAAAAGCAUUAAAGAGAAUUUGAAUUUUAGUGUACUUCCUGAAUUGAAAUAGAAUUGACCCCAACCCUGGUGAGCAUAAUUGUGGUCAUAGAAAGAAACAAGUUUGGUUAACAAGAUCUUUUCAAGUUCUUUCAGUUCACAAUACGAUGCAAUGCUCUCCAGCCCUAUUCAAUAUGUACUCCGAUUGGGAAGACGCUUUUAAGACGUUGCCUAUCACAUUGACUUCUGCUAUAUCUGACCAAGUCCUUUCUAAUGCAGAGUUCUUAUUUCUGGGAUCACUACAAAUAUGAGGACGCUUUGAAAAUGUUGGUUUUUAUUAUUACAGAUGUCAUUCAGCCAUGUCAACAAAGUUGUUUGCGUGGUUUUGUAUGUUAAAGGAUAUAUCAUGACUAUUUCUGGUAUUUGCUGCUGUUUAUGGGAAUGAGAACAUUGACCAAACGCAGAGGGAUAUAACUAGCUGUCAAUAGUGUUGUCCAAGUCCAUUGCCUACUAAAAUUGGUGGGAGACAGACCCAUGCCAUUUAAUUGUCUAUUGCGUUAUAUUUGGAGUCAUUUGAACUUGCCAAAAUGCGUUGUCAUAUUAGUGCUCCCACAUGCAUACACAAGAAAGCAUGUAUAAUGUUGUUUGGGGGGAAAACGUUGUCACUGUGUUUCCCUAUGUAGAACAUCCAACCACUUGUGAUUUGGUGUGAUAUCAGGAAUAAGGAGAGAACCCUGAAUCCUCAAAGUGGAAUUAGAAAUGACUAUGCUAUAGUUUGAGGCCAUAUUGACAGUUUAUCUGCAAAGACGAGCAAUUUUACAUUAAGUGCCCCCCCAUAAUGGUUCACAGAGGUGCGUCUCUUCGACUUUGUUCUGAGAGAACUUUUGUAUCAAAUAUUAUUUUUAAAUAAAUGCCGAAAAA